AUGUAUCUGGACACAGCAGCAGAGAUGUGGAUUGUGCUCAACAACCGAUACAAUCAAGGUAAUGGCCCUAGAAUCUUUGAACUAAAUGAAUCUCUUCUUUAUCUUCAUCAAGGUGAUGAAUCUGUUAGUGCCUACUUCACUAAACUCACGACUAUAUGGGAUGAGAUUAAUCAACUCAGACCAAGAAUACCAUGUGUUUGUGCUGCUGCUGCCCAAAACCAAGAUCACAUAAAUCAUGAUCAAGUCUUGCAAUUUCUUAAAGGUCUGCAUGAGUCUUAUCAUGCCAUUCGAGACCAAAUUUUGCUUAUUGAUCCAUGCCAAUCAUUGAACAAAGUCAAUUCCAUGGUGAUCCACCAAGAAAGACAAAGAACUUUGGGUAAUUGCAACAUUCCCCCCAUUGCUGCUGCUGCAGCCACAACAUCCACACUCAGCAUUGAUCCUGCUGCAAAUCAAACAUCCAAGAACAAAAGGCCUCGUCCUCAUUGUACCCAUUGCCAAAAGCCAGGGCAUUACAAGGACAAAUGCUAUUUCCUCCAUGGUUUUCUACCUGGAUAUGGAAAACCAAGAACAUCUGACUCCACCAAUCAAAUUCACAAAAAACAAGAUUCUGGUUCCACAUCUCGUCCCCAAACUCACCAAGUUUCAACAACAGAUUCCCAGUUGACACAAGCACAAUGUCAGCAACUAAUUUCAAUGCUGACCCAACAGUUGCAACCUACUACUGAUGCUUCUACAUCAGACCAACCAGCAGUCAACAACAUCACUGGUAACAUUGAUCCUCUUUCUCCUACUUCUUGGAUUCUAGAUAGUUGUGCUACUUACCAUGUUUGUUGCCAUAUUACAUGUUUCUCUUCUAUUACCAAUAUGUUAACUAAUAAACAUGUUACUCUACCCAAUGGCACUUCUGUGAACAUUGAAAAAUCAGGCACCAUAAUCUUAAAUUCCAACAUAACACUCUAUAAUGUUCUCUAUGUUCCAGCUAGGACUGUACAUCGGUCGGUUUAG